GCGGGAAAAACAACAAAGAGCUUCUCUCAUAUGCAACCCGGCAAACCAAUAAUUUAGUUCUUUGUUGUUUCUCUUUGAAUCAUAAAUAUAAUUUAUUGUUGUUCACAAAAUGAUUAGUGAUAGUGAGUUAUUGCGACAGGAGCCUAAAGUGGGGGUGGAUCUAUUCUUCUGGAAAGACGACAAUGAUGACAUCCAAAUGCGUGUCAUGACGGAGCAGGAUAUUAAAAAGAAACUAACUCAAAUUUACUUCUCUCUUCUGACUGACAAACACGGGGAUAUGAGGGACAUGACUGUGAAUAAGGGGCCAGCAAGUACGUGUCUUAUAGUGAAAACGGAAUCUGUCGUCGGUAAUUUUAAUAGCAACGCUUUGGACCUCGAUGGUUGUAAAGUUAAAGAACUUGAAGAACAAUGGGGUUGGAAAGUUGACCCUAAGUUGACCUACUCUUUCCACAUCUACACGGAUGAUUCUUGGGUCGCUGACCAACUCAGAUUCCGCAUUCGGAGGAAGUUUGGAGUAGUGUGUGCCAAAGCCCCAUACAGCUCAGAAGUAGUGUUGGCCAAAUAUGCCGAGAAGAUUGAUGCACAUUUGCGGCAAUUUCUCCAUCGUCUUCCGCAAAUCAGGGAGGAUUACUUCAACAACCCUCCUCCUCCUCCUCCAGAAAAAUUACAAAACCCUAGACCACUCCCACCAUCACAAGAAAGACGCAAAUGUGUAUUAUGUGGUGAAGUUAUCCAAGGGAUCGCGAGUGGUCAUUUGCAACACAUGAUUUCAAGCCACUACUCCGAUGCAUUCCCUUGUAAUCUGUGUCCCUGCAGUUUUGCAACACCAGCUAGCCGACAUUCUCAUCGAGCCAUGUACCACCCAGGAACAGAACCACCAAAGAGGAAUACAUUCGGGAUCCCCGAUAUUAAUGAGGAGGACGCUGCAAAAUGUGAUGCCCUGAUGGAGCUUCUCCCACUUGAAGAGGGGUCAAAGGCCAUCAAGUAUAGGUGCAUUUGGGGACGAGAUAGUGGACGAGAGUGUGGGAAAAUGCACACCGGGUUGUUAGUUUCUCGUGAACACGCCUGUUCCCACUUAGGACUCAAACCGCACACUUGCCCUGCAUCAGGAUGUUACUAUUCCUCUUCAUUUUACAGCACCACUGUCAAACACUACAAAAAUGAACAUCAAGGAGAAGAAGUAGAGGACAAAGACUCUGAGGAACAAGAUGAUGAACCCCCAGACAAAAAGACAAAAUCUUCAGCUCAACCACGACAAUCGAGUACACGAAAGAGUUGUUAAUGACGCCGCAUCGGGGGCAUUUCCACAUUCAAAGGGAUUUGAAGAAGUUUUUUAUAUUGUUAAUAGUGCAAUAUAUAAAAUUUAUUUAUUGAAUAAUAGAGGAAAAUAAUAAUUGUAAUAAUAAUUGACUACCUGAAAAUGGUGACGGUGUCCUCUAAUGGCAAAAUAUUUUUGGGUACCACUUGCAGAGAAAAGUCUUCAGGGCUCAUGUUAGUGAAUCUAAUGAGUGGAAUCACGUCCUUUAGUACGUCAUACAUGAAGGAUGAAUCGUCAGGAUUUCCGUUCAUUUUCAAACAUUCACCUCGACCCCACGAGUAAACUGCAGAAUAAUAAAAGUAUUAAAUAUAAUGUAACAAAA